CACAUCUCAUCAAAUAAACACACACACACACCACACCUUCCUUCGGACACAGAGAUCAAGCGAGAUGCAUGCCACCUUCGUUUCUGCAUUAGUCUUCUCACUAAUCGUUGGUCUUGUCAAUGCCAAUCCCAUCCCCAACUCCAACAACGACGGUGAUAACGGUGAAAGCGACGCGUUAGCAAAACUAAUUCUGCAAGAUCUGAAAAACUCACAUUCCAAGACGAAACAACAACACGAUGGGCCCGGUCAAUCAGGAACAUACAACAAACGCUUUCUCGAUAUUCUCGGGAAAAUUGUGGGUGCAAUUAGUGGCUUGUUUGGUAAAUAAAUC